GUCGCGGUUUGGAAAAGAAGUGAUACAUCUUGGGCCAAAGAUCUCCUUUCCUCCCUCAGCUUCAAUGGUGGCCCCCUGUCCGCCUCUCCCUUUCUCCCCAGGGUAGAUCACAGGUCCCAAGAGGGAGACAGAGUUCAUACUGUUACACAGAUGAGAAAACCAAGGCUCAAAGAAAUAAUGAAAACCAUGAGGGUCACACAGGGAGUGGCAGAUCUUGGCACUAGAGGCCUGGUCUUCUGGGUCCAAGACAAGCGUUAGUGAUCUUGUUCUGAGUUGGUCUCCCGUCCCCACGGCUGGUCCGUAAGCCUCAUGAGGACAGGGGCCCUGGUACCCCCAACCCCCACCCAACAUAUACCUCACAUGGCCUUGCACAGCACACCCUGCACUUCGUAGAGAUUUAGUAAACGCUCCUGAUAAGUUCUGGACUCCUGAAAUGCUAGAGCUGCACUGUCUAGACUCAGCCUCUUACUGUGAAGCUAGAGAAGCUAAGGCCCAGAGAGGAGACGGGACCUGUCCGCAGAGGGAACAGGCCAGGCAGAGCAGGGACUAAGGCGGGCGCCCCUGACUGCCCUCCAGGGUCUGUCUUGUCACCACGCACAAUUGUCCUCCCCUUCAGCCCCAGAGAGUGGUGAGAGGGAUGGGGAGGGGCCUCGGCGGCCCUCUCUGGGGGCCCCUUCUACCGUGUAACCUACGAGAGGCAUCCACUGUUCAUCUGUCAAGUCCUGGCCCUGUGGUCUCUGAUCCUCACAGCAACCCCCGAGGAAGGGCUUGCUGUCUCCAUUUUCGCCCCCACCAUGCCGUGGCCCCUGCUGCUGCUCCCACUGCUGCUGCUGGCCGUGAGCGGGGCCCAGACGACCCGGCCAUGCUUCCCCGGAUGCCAGUGUGAGGUGGAGACCUUCGGCCUCUUCGACAGCUUCAGCCUGACACGCGUGGACUGCAGCGGCCUGGGCCCCCACAUCGUGCCCGUGCCCAUCCCUCUGGACACAGCCCACUUGGACCUGUCCUCCAACCGGCUGGAGACCGUGAACGAGUCGGUGCUGGCGGGGCCGGGCUAUACCACGCUGGCAGGCCUGGAUCUCAGCCACAACCUGCUCGCCAGCAUCUCACCCACCGCCUUCUCCCGCCUUCGCUACCUGGAGUCGCUCGACCUCAGCCACAAUGGCCUGGCAGCUCUGCCGGCGGAGAGCUUCACCAGCUCGCCCCUGAGCGACGUGAACCUCAGCCACAACCGGCUCCGAGAGGUCUCGGUGUCUGCCUUCGCGACCCACAGCCCGGGCCGGGCGCUGCACGUGGACCUCUCCCACAACCUCAUCCACCGCCUGGUGCCCCACCCUGCAGGGGCCAGCCUGCCCGCACCCGCCAUUCAGAGCCUGAACCUGGCCUGGAACCGGCUCCGCACCGUACCCGACCUCCGGGACUUGCCCCUGCGCUACCUGAGCCUGGAUGGCAACCCGCUGGCUGCCGUUGGCCCGGGUGCCUUCAGGGGGCUGGCAGGCCUCACGCAUCUGUCACUGGGCAGCCUGCAGGGGCUCCCCCAGCUGGCGCCCCAUGGCUUCCGUGAGUUGCAAAGCUUGCAGGUCCUGGACCUUUCAGGCAACCCCAAGCUCAAGUGGGCGGGAGCUGAGGUAUUCUCGGGCCUGGGCUCCCUGCAGGAGCUGGACCUGUCAGGCACGGGCCUGGUGCCUCUGCCUGAGAUGCUGCUCGUCCACCUGCCAGCACUGCAGAGCAUCAGCGUGGGCCAGGGCGUGCGGUGCCGGCGGCUAGUGCGGGAGGGCGCCUAUCCUCGGCAGCCUGUCUCUAGCCCCAAGGUGGCCCUGCACUGCGUAGACCCCCGGGAAAGGGCUGCGGAGAGCCCCAACGCUUUGUGACAAACGGUGUGGCCCGGGGCUGUCUGAUACACUGCUGCCCUGGGCUUCCUCAGGGCCUGGGUAAUUUAUAUUUUCAUGUGCCAAUGCCAGGGGGCACCCUGCAGGCCUCUGUAGCAGCGCGGAAGAGAGCUGUGGACCUAGGGAGAGCUUUGGGGCUGGGGCCGACACCCAGGAGCAAAGUCUGGCCCCUCUGUCUGUGUUGCUCCCCAAACCAUAAGUAGAAGGUCUUAGAUGCCAAACCCAGACGGCAGUCCCCUGCUGUCCUUCCCCGUUUGUCCCCAAAGUGCCUUCCUUCAGGCCUGGGCCAACCUGACCUGUGACAGGGGGAGGGUGGAAGGGCGAUACUGCUGCAGAAAAGAGGUCAGGCCCACGGCUGAGCAUCCCCUUGGGCCCACGGUCCAGUCACUCAGGGGCAUGAGUUUCUUUUAUGAGGUAGCCCCCGCUUUGCCCUGGGCCCAUGAGGCCCACCUCAUCCUUUUGUUUUCCUCUAGAACGCUGGGUAGAACCUUAGUCAUAGAAGGGACUAGAGAAAAAAAUCAAGUGCACCUCCUCAUGUGACAGGUGGGGACACUGAGGUCCAGAGAGGGCAAAUGGCUGAUCUAAGGCACUAGAGCCAUGAGGACAUAACCGGCCCCUGCAUCCUGCCUCCCAGCGAGGCCUUUUGCACUUUUCUGUCCUCUCUAAAUCAUGCCCUCUGUCCCCUUCCUGGGCUCCCCCAUCCUGCCGUUUGUACCCUUUCCCUGUCUUCCCCAGGACAGGCAAGGGCCUCCGAGGUGGGACUCGGACCCGAGACCAGCUGUAUGGCACAGGUUAAGUGAGUUCACCUCAGAGCCUCUGGAAGCUUCAGGCAUGCCAGUCCCAGCCCUACCAGUUUCCCACUCUGCAGUGGGGUCCUCCGGCGUUGAGACUGGAAAUUCGUCCAUUGACCCCUGCGGUACUGCCUCGAAGUGCAAGGAGUUGAUGCAGUCCUGGAGCCCCAAGGGGCCUCCUGGACUCGGUCCCCACUGGCCCUGAGCCCAACAGCCCUCUCUCACCCAUCUUUGGGCAGGAGGCAGGUACCCCCAUCAAUGUUUAUGCUCUCAGCUUCCCAGCCCUGGGCUCUUUCCUUUGUAUUUGUUCUAUAAAAGUUGUUGCCUUUGUAAUGGACUGUUACUUCAACCACCCCUCCCCCCACCCCUGCCGGCAGGGGAUGGAAACGUGUCAUUUGUAAAAGAAGAAAAACAUUGCAUUUGUUCACUUUUGUCAUACUGUGUCCUGGGGGUGUGCUGAGGGAGGAGGUGUUGGGGGGAAGCGAUUGGGCAUCAGGGGUCCCAAGGAGCCACCCACAGGACAAGGAGAGCUCUGUCCUCCCCCACUUGGCCCCACCCUACACCUAACUGAUCCUUGAUUUAAUAAACACUAUAAAGAGUC